UCGUUCUGAAAAAUCAAAAAGGCACACCGUCUCCCCUCAAAGGAAGUCAUCAAUAAUAUUAAUACAAGCCCCUGGAUUUUCCAAUUCCGACUCAGGUUUUCUAGAACGUUUGGGAGAAGAGGUGCAGCUUCAGCCAUCCAGCCGAUUCCCUAACCCACAAAGAUUUGUACUACUUGUUCCAAAAGGAAAAAAAAAACCCAGGAUGAUGAAAUUACAGAAACGACCUUCAGAAUCUCUCCCAUACCCUUCAUCGUGCUCUGCCAUAGUUUCUGUUGGAGGACUGAUCUGAUCUACCAACCGUGGGACUAGAUUGGGAGCUCUGGGUGGGCGGCAGACUUGUUAUUUGGAGCUUGCGGCUGUGAACGUUGACCUGUUUCGCCUAGAGUGAAAGGAGAGAAGCUAUUCUGUUCUUUAAAUUCUAUAAAGUGAUCAUCAAAGACAUGAAGACCUAAAAGAAAUUAGUUAGUUGCUGUUGAGAAAAAGAAAAAUCAUUCUCUAGUCCAGGAGGAUGAACGGGGAUGUUGUUGACGCCUUGAAAAAAUGCGCGGAGGCGCUUCAACAUGGGAAUUCAAGACUUGCAAAUGCAGAGAUGGGAAGAGUUGUUGAUCUUGCUGAAAAGGAAACCGAGCCUAGAAAUAGAAGAUUGAUCAGAUAUUUUGCACAAGCUCUCGCUUGCCGAGCCUAUGGAUUUCAUCCUAAAUUAUUUUCAGUCCCAUCAUCCGACUGGAAGAAUAAGAUUAGUGAAUGGUGUGGCAUUUUGCCUACUCUAGGUUGGGCUAUUGCAGAUGUCAUCAAGGGAAAACGCAAAGUCCAUGUUAUUGAACCUGUCAAGCACAUGGAUAUUUUUGAGCAAUGGGUAUCCUUUUUAAGUGAGAGUUACAACUGGGUUGGCCUGACGCAUUUAAGGUUAAGUUUCCUUGUUCAAGAAAACGUUGAAUUUUCGAAAGAAAGUGAGAACAAAUUUAUUCGGGCUUUUCACCAUUGCCAGAUUGCUUUGGAAUAUAAGAUUUUUUCUGUUAACAGUUUCGCUGACAUUGAUGUGUCUUUGCUGGAGUUGCGGGAUGGCGAGUUUGUGGUUGUGUAUUGCAUGUGUGUAUUCAGCAAAAUGUUAUCGGAGGCAUUAGCUCUGGAGAAGCUGUUACUGAGGGUGAGGGAUGUCAUGAGAGCGGGUAUUAUGAUUGUUGUAGAGCAUGAAGCUAACCACAACCAGUCUGAUUUUUUAUUGCGGUUUGAUGAAUCACUUAAAUAUUAUUCUUCUACAUUCAGAGGAUUUCUUUACCGUGAUAUUGAGACUUAUUUUAGAUAUCAAAUAUGGAACAUAGUGGCGUGUGAGGGUAGUAACAGGGUGGAGCGGCACCAGACGUGGGCUCAAUGGAAAUCCUUGCUUAUUUAUUAUGGAUUUUCUAUUUUUAAUUUGGUAACCAAAUGGGAAAGCAAAGAACAUGAAGAGUGGACAAAAGAUGGUAUCUUGGUGAUCACAAGUACUGAAACAGAGAAGCGGCCAAUAUUUUUCGUUUCUGCUUGGAGAACAUUAACAUCCCCCUCCAAAUCAUCGGGCUCUGAUGAAGGUUAGUAUCUUCUACCGAGUUAAACUGGCCCCUUAACACUAACCAAAAAUAUAUUUGGAGUCAAUAAAAAGUUUUGAGACUUAAAUAAAUAAAAUAAUAAAUAAAUUAAUCAAUGACUUUUAAUUUCAAUCACAAAGAUUUAUGUGAAUUGGAAUGUAAACUAUUUUUGAUGUGUCAAACUGAACAUUUUAUAAAAAAAUAAAAAGCGUCAAAAGUAUUAUUUAAAAGGUACCGCACCUAACAUGGUAUCAAGUUUCAUAUGUUGCCGAAGUAAUAGAGAAGCUCACGGUGUAGUGAUUUUGAUGUCCAAUUUCUGACGCAAAAACAGUAAUUUUUUACAGCAUUUUUUAAUUUAGUGGUUUGAGUUGUCAUUUCAUUAAACCACCUCAAUCGCU